GGAGAGGACUACAAUUCCCAGCAGCGCUGCGAGCCUCGCCUGCCUCCGCCUCCCCAGCUGGCUUGAAGGCUGUUAUUGUUGUUGCUAAAAGGUUAGUGGAACAGCUGGUUGCUCUCUGGGUAAGAGACGUCUUCGGGAUUGGGGAGGGGGACGUGGCUACUUUCUCUCCUCCUCGCCUUUCUCGGCUGCUCGGAAAGCGGAUGGCUCAAACGGACUGGGGGUGCAGUGGGGCGCCUUGCUCUAUUCCAGGAGCUUUUAAUUCCCCCCCACACUUCCUGCGAAUGCUGUGAGCAAAACAAUAUGUAAGCAAAGAGGGGGAGUGACUUGCCUCCCCCGCAGUCAAAGGAGUCGUUUGCAUUGAUUUCCACUCCUUCGUCGCUGAAAUGAAUCUGGGGAGGGCUGGGGAAGGCAAGAAAGGCUCCAACGGGCCUUUAAUCCUGAGCUUGCGGCACAAAGGGUUGAGGUGGUGAUGGGGGAAAAAGACCAAGGGAAUCUCUGAACCCCUGUACCAAAUGCUAAGGUCUUUCCUGGCUACUUUUACUUUUCUUUCUUUCUUUCUUUCUUUCUUUCUUUCUUUCUUUCUUUCUUUCUGCCACCCCCCUCUUUGCACACACAAGCCUCCAGAAUCUGUCAGUUUGGAGACAGCCCAAGCCCUCCUGCCUCCAUACUUAAUAGGCCUGGGAUAUUCUAUGCCUGCCAUACCUCCCUCCCCUCUGUUCUUAUUAUUACGCUCUCUGUCUUGGAUAUUAUUCCUGUCCUGGGGCCUCCCAGAAAAUGUAUUAACAGCGAAUGAGAUGCGAGGUCCGCUGCGCGAGAGGCUUGUGUUUAUUUGAAGACAGCCUGGGACUUCUGGUUUCUUGAAAACAAAGUUUCCCUUUGUUUGGCUUCCAGCCGCAGGACUCCCAACCCUGACGCCUGCUAGGACGCUUUUACAGGAGAGUCAUAAUAGCCUUUCCCGAAACAAGGUGGGGAUUGAGCACUCCAAAUGGCAAGCCAUUUCACCAUCCCCUUGUAAAGGAGGAGGAUGGGCUCCUGUUGCGUAAGCCUUGCAGCAGGCCAGCCAGGUCCUCAAGGCUUCUCCUUGAGCCUUCCCACGCUUCUGCCUGUUAGAUGGAGAGAUCUGAUUGCUGGUUUGUUUUGCUGUACCCUGCACAGACAUGUCUGGGCUCUCUGCUGGGCUCUGAUUGGUGUUCCUCUUGCAAAAGCACCGCCCAGAUGCUCCGGGAGAAGGGAAUUUGGCCAAAAGUGCUGGGAGCUGCCAGGCGUUCAUUACCCAUGUGGUUUGGCCGGGACUCUGCCUGGGUCAUGGGGCAUAUUGGGAUAAGCUUGUUGCCUUGACUUGUUGUGUAGAUCCGAAAGCAUCUCGUGUGACAAGGUUUCAUCACAGGCUUCCCCUACUGAGAAAGGUUGGAAGGCCUAUUUAGAAUCGAUCUGAGAAAAAGUGGAUUGAUGAGGUUGAUCAAAUUAUGUAUGGUGUGUGGAAAGUAUACAGAGAAAAUGUGUCCGUCCGUCCCCCCAUUCUCUCUCUCUCUCUAAUGUACAAAGGGACGCGGGUGGCGCUGUGGGUUAAACCACAGAGCCUAGGACUUGCCGAUCAGAAGGUCGGCAGUUCGAAUCCCCGCAACGGGGUGAGCUCCUGUUGCUCGGUCCCUGCUCCUGCCAACCUAGCAGUUUGAAAGCACAUCAAAGUGCAAGUAGAUAAAUAGGUACCGCUUUGGCGGGAAGGUAAACGGCGUUUCCGUGUGCUGCUCUGGUUCGCCAGAAGCGACUUAGUCAUGCUGGCCACAUGACCCGGAAACUGUACGCUGGCUCCCUCGGCCAAUGAAGCGAGGUGAGCGCCACAACCCCAGAGUCGGUCACGACUGGACCUAAUGGUCAGGGGUCCCUUUACCUUUACUCUAAUGUACACACUACCUGGGGUCAUCCAAGGAAGCUGAGAGGUGGGACAUCCAAACAGACAAAAGGAUGUACUUCUUCACAUAUUCAUGGAGGAUAACUCUGACAGUCUGGUCACGGUCGUCAUAGGGCUAUUUCUCUCCUGCUCUGCUGUAUGGACUUCCCAUGUGCCCCUGUGAGAAACGAGAUGAGGAACUAGAUAAGCCUUUGGUCUUUUCCAGCAGGGCUGCUCUUAGGUUUCUGUGCACUAAACAAUAUGUUUGUAUGUGUAAAAGUAAUUGUCAAGGGUCCGUUUCAUGCGCUUGCAAGCACCCAGCCAAGAGAUCUGUGCUGUGCACUCCCAUCCCUGUGCAACACGCCUGCUACUCCAGCAGCAACAUAGAACUUGGUUAUUUGAUCCUUGUUACGCUAAUAAGAAUCUAAGAAUUGCUUUGCCCUUGCUGGGUGACAGCAACGUUCAUAUCACUCCGCAUUCCCUCUUCCAUCCCAUUGUGCUAGCACAACCAUUCAGUUGAAUAUCACCCAUAUUUGUGCAAAGUUUGGGGUGACAAAACCCUCCUCUUUCUAAAAAAGCUAUUGUGCUACCAUGAAGACUAGAAACUUUUCAUUUUUUAAAAAAAUACUCAGUGGUGCAGCAUGCCAAAGUUUCACAUGAGACCUCUUCAUUACUAGUCUGGGCAGGCUCCAAGAUUUGCAGGCAAGGGAGCAGAGAAGUAUCAGAUAUGGUUAUAUCAUUAGGAAACAAAUCAGUUCCUUGCAUUGUCUCAAGGCCAAAGUUAAUAAUAAUUGCUGUAUAUGGUAAAAGUCAAGAGUGCUGGUAUCUGGACUACAUUCCACCGUAGAUGACUGAUGCCUUACCUUGAUGACAAAUAAUCCUUUUCACCCUGCCUUCAAAUUUACGAUGCUAUGAGCCUGGGUCUCGGUUUAGCCGCUUUGCGGCUGGUCUUUAUUGUUAUGUUUUGUUUUUAUAAAUGUAUAAGCUUGAGGUCGCCAGUAAAACGUAUUUUCUCUAGUGCAGCAAAUUCAAAUCAAAAUAAAUAAACAAGACCAGUAAAGUCACAAAACCAGCAGGCCAUAGUCAGAUGACAAAACUCUAGAAAAGCCAUCCCAUUAAAGAAAAAAGAAAAAGUUGGAAUGUCUGGGCAAAUAAGCAAAUGUCUCUUGCCUAGUACCAACAUCAGUUUGGGUAUCAGACAAGCUUUUCUGGGGGAAACGUCCCAAAUAUGCAACACCACAACCAAUAAAGACCUUUAUCUUGUUAUCUCCCACCUGACUUUUGAUGUUCAUAUGUUGACCCCUGAGGACGCAUAUAAGGGGACUCUUAUAAUGGCCUCUACCAUGCGCUCAGUGAGUUCCAGCAGCUCAGUUUGUCAGUGGGCUCUGCUCCCUUGUAGGCAGAAAGCAAUAGUUAACACCUGGGAAGACCACGAAGGAGGGCAGGAAAUGCCAGCGGAAUAAUCUGGGCACCUUAGGGAUGCCGUGUUAUUUCUGUUGCUGAAACCGGACAUGAAUGUUGUUUUUAUUCUGAGAAUCUUCUGUGAGCCUCUUUGAGAGCCUCUCAGCUCUAUGAUGCGGGAAAUAUUAGUGUUCUAAAAUAAAUACAUAUAGAACAGGCUCAUAUUGUAGGAGCAGUCCUUAUAUAUGCUGUGCUCUGGGCAAAACUAAAGAGAGUGCUGUCUGUCAGCGGCCCACACAAGAAAGAAACCUCCAGUUCCUCAAUUCUUUAGGUUAAGUCAGUGGUUUUCAAACACUCUGCAGGGAAUUUUUCGUCUGUUGACUUCUGUGCUAAGGAAAUCCUAUACUGUACAUUUGCCACAGAACCGAUUAGUAUUGCAAUGCAUUCUGGGAUGUGUGCCAGUUGCCCAGUAAAUUUAUAUGCAGUGCUAACUGGGCCUGUUGGGUCUAGCUGUUGCCCCACACCAAGAGUGGCUGAAUGUGACAGGGGGACACAAAUAGUAGUGGGUAAACUGUCUUUCAAGGAAAUUUGGUCACCUCUGUUGGUGUUUUGAGUGAGGAGCCCACAGUGAGCUUUUAAGGAACCCCUGAAUUUCUCCUCACAGCACAAUUUGAAGACCACUGGGUCCAAUGAAAUCAAUGAGUGUUCAAAUUCUUACUCAUCUCUAAGCCAAGUCUAUACAAGUUUCUAGCCUCUUGGUUUUCCCAGCUAUAUGCCAUGGCACUGCUACCUGGGGAUGGAAAUAAAACUUCAUAGAGAACACCAGCAAAUCGUUCUCACCUCUGUCGCUGGUCUUUCAGUUCCAGUUAUGGGCAGCACUGGCAAAACCUGAACUCUUAAUUUAUUUACUGCCAAAAGCCUUUUCAGCCGUGCCCCACCCACUUGACAAUGGCAGUGCAGCAAAUCUAUGUGAAGCAGUAGAGACCUAUCUUACUAUUACAUAAUAUUAUAUAGCAUUUUUGUAAGAUGAAAUGGAGCGUUUGAGCAAAACAAGCAGGCCAGCAGCUCCAGUGAGCAGAGGAAACAAAUGAGUGGGCACGUGGGUGGCCCAGGCUGGCUUUCUCGUCUUCCCUUGAUUGUUGCCGCCGCCACCCGCAAUAAUAAUAAUAAUGUCCCAUCCAUCUGACUGGGUCCCCCAGCCGCUCUGGGCAGCUUCCAAUAUACAGUACAGUGGUACCUCAGGUUAAGAACUUAAUUCAUUCUGGAGAUCCAUUCUGAACCUGAAAAUGUUCUUAACCUGAAGUACCACUUUAGCUAAUGGGGCCUCCUGCCGCCGCCACACUGCUGCCACACGAUUUCUGUUCUCAUCCUGAAGCAAAGUUCUCAGCCCGAGGUACUAUUUCUGGGUGAGCAGAGUCUAUAACCUGAAGCGUCUAUAACCUGAAGCAUCUGUAACCCAAGGUAUCACUGUACAGUCAUACCUCAGGUUACAGAAGAUUCAGGUUGCAUUUUUUCAGGUUACGAACACGCCGAAAGUACUGGAAUGGGUUACUUCCGGGUUUUGGCGGUUGUGCAUGCACAGAACCGCUAAAUUGCUCUCUGCGCAUGUGCAGAAGCGCCAAAUUGGAACCUGCGCGUGCGCAGACGUGCACUGCUGGUUGCGAACGCUGCGGGUUGCGAACGUGCCUCCCCCACGGAUUACGUUCGCAACCCGAGCGUCCACUGUAUAUGAAAACACAGCAAAACAUUACACGUUAAAAAGUUUCCCUAUACAAUGGUACCUCGAGUUACAUACGCUUCAGGUUACAGACUCCGCUAACCCAGAAAUAGUACCUUGGGUUAAGAACUUUGCAUCAGAAUGAGAACAGAAAUUGUGCAGCGGCAGCAGGAGGCCCCAUUAGCUAAAGUGGUGCUUCAGGUUAAGAACAGUUUCAGGUUAAGAACGGACCUCCAGAACGAAUUAAGUUCUUAACCCAAGGUACCACUGUACAGGGCUGCCUUCAGAUGUCUUAUAAAGCGUAUAGUUACUCAUCUCCUUGACAUCUGAUGGGAGGGCGUUCUGUACUUGUUUGCAUGCAUGCACAGCAGGGUGAGGGAAGUCUGGGGUCCGAGAAAGCAGGCAGCCCAGCUGAACGAGCGAGCUAACAGGUGAAGGGGGUGAUCUAGAGUGAGCAGGCAGGCAUCGUUGUCACCAAGGAGGGGGAAGUGUUUUCCCCCUUUGUCUGCCACCACCACCAUCAGAAGGAAGUGUGCCCUUCAAAAUGCACCCUUCCAUCUGUCGGGAUCAGCACAGGGUGAAGGGGAGAAGGACUUUCUCUGCGUUCCCUUCUCCAUGAGUGGUGUUAGCAGUGGGAUCCUGGGAUUGGGCAAGCUGUGAGGGGAUGGGGGAUUUGGAAGAGGGUAGGGGAUAGGGAUCACCACGGGGGAAAUUAAUUUGGGGCAAGCAUGCAGAGGAGAUGAACACAAAUAACAGGGAAAGGCAGUAGCUCAGUGGGCAGAGCAUGUGGUUUGCAUACAAACUUCAGUCCCCUACAUCUCCUACAACAACGUUGUUGUUAAGUGUGAACAAAGGAAGACAGUUCCAGAUAAAGUGGCUUAUUGUGGAGCAACCUGUGGUUGCAUUUGUGAGAUGGUGGGCUGCCAUGCAUUUAACAGACAUGACUUUCCUCAAGGAAACUGUAGUUUACCCCUCACUGAGUGCCAAUGCCCAACACUCUUCACAAACUGCAGUUCCCAGGAUUAUUUGGGGGACAGUCAUGCACAUUAAAUGUGCUUUAAAUGUAUGGGGUGUGCAGCCUAUAUCUUGGGUGCAGCUGGAGGUUAGAAGGGGUCACUGAUGACUGAGGUGGCAGCUGUGCUCCACCCGAGACAUUUUCUUGAGGUGAAAUAGUUAAUGGUGCUGAUGUGUGAGAGAGAGAAAGAGAGAGAGGUGAUGGUGAAGGAGGAACAGGGCAGGACCAAGAGAUGCUACUGCCUAAGGCUAAGACUAGGAUGCAUAGUUGUCAACCGUCCCUUAUUUGGCGGGAAACUCCCUUAUCCCAGUGCCAUGUCCCGCUGCUGUCCCUUAUUGAUGGAUGUCCCUUAAAUUUCCCGGGUUUCAAAGGAAGCAGCUCCUCUCCCUCCCUCCCUCCCUCCCUGCCGGCCAGGGAGGAGGGAGGCUCCAACUGUGUUUCUUGGCUGCCCGGCCCGCCCCCCUCCGGCCUCCUCUCACCAGCCUCAGCCCCUGGGAGCCCAGCCAGGACUGGCGGGAGCCUCGGGCCCUUCCGCUGCCAUCCUCCUCGCGGCUGCCGAACUGAGUGUCUCUGCCUGGGGCCUCACCUCUGCCUGUCGCCGCAGCUCCCGCUCCUGCUAGGCCGUACUGCGGCUGCGCCGCCAAAGGACCCAGAUGAGAUGGGCAGCCUGGCGCGGCCUAUGAAUUGCUAAGGAGCCUUGAGAGGAGAGCGAGCGCAACCAUAGAGAAAGCAGUUCAGAGAGAAGAGUAGGCGGAGGAGUAGGCGUGGGCAGGUGUUCCAAGGGCUACAAGGGAAGGACCGCAAGCGCUUCUCCCAUAGAUUUGUAGUGGUAGACUAGCAUAGAUGGUCUGAUCUGCGGCUUUACUUCGGGCGCUAUUUCCCCCCCCCCUUCCUCCCGCCCCACUUGAUGGAAUUGAGAGCUGCAGAUGGAGCACAAGAAAAAAGAUACAGAACUGCAGCAGCAUCUUUGUAGCUUGGACUUUGUUUUGUGCAAAAAGUGGUUGCUGCUUGUAGUUAUUUAAUUGCAGUGUUUCAUCGGCUGGUGUCUUGAGCAGCGACCUCUGGAAACGAAGGGCUAAAAACUGGCACUGCUCUCCCAAAUUAUCUGGUCCCUUUUAACUUCAGCUGAUUGACUAAAAUCCCUUUUUUUGGCUGCUGGUCCCUUAUUUUCAAAUCUUUAAGUUGACAGCUAUGCUCAGGGGUGCCAGCCCCACUUAAGAACACAAUACAAACCCUGCUAGAUAAGGCCAACGGCCUAUCUAUUCCAGCAGCCCGUCCUCACAAUGGCCAGUCUGUGGGCAGCCUACACACUGGACCUCAGCACAACAGCACUUCCACAUUUCUCGGCAAUUGGUAUUCAGAAGUCUCUUGCCUCUGACAGUGAAGGGAACUGUCGUGGAAGAUCCUGCUUCAAAUCUCUGCCCAUUCAGUAAUGAAAAUUGCUGUGUGGCUCGGGGGCAAUGUCUCCCUCAGCCUAUCUUCCUCCUAUCAUAUUGGUUGUGUGAAUAAAAGAUUUGGAUGCAUCCAUGUGCCCUUUCCACUGAAGGUGCCAGGGAAAUUGUUACGCUUAAUUAUAAUAAUGCCAAAUGAACACCGAUAAAGGUGGCCAACCUGUCUGGGUGUGGCUGUUCACUCCCUCCCACAACUCUGCAUUGCACAGUUGUUGUCAUUAGUUUUCAGGAAAGGAGCAUGACCUGGUUGUGUCAUUUCCUGUAACCAACAUUGGCCUACCUCUGUGAUUUUACAGAGGACGGAAUCCAAUCUCACGCUAAGUCUUGUUCUCCUGGUGCGAGGAUUUCUCCUUGCCCGACAGGGUGUUAAGCCAUCUCUCCUCCCCCCCUCCCCAGUCUAAAUUUGCUGUAGGGGUUACCGCAACCCUCUAGAGCAAAUUUGGGGAGGGUGUGGCGUGCACGAUUGGGGGGGUGCUGGCAUUUGUGCUGCACAAGCAAAAAUCCUUGCAGUGGCAAGGUGCAGUUGGUGAAUAAUCCGGAAUCUCAUGCAAAAAGUGGAUUCCAGGCAUGUUCGUUUUCUAAAUCCCUCACUCGCAGAAUAUCAACACAUUAUCACCUCUCUCUUUCUCCCGCCAAAUUUCCCACUGCCACCACCCUUUGAAGCCUCAUAGCUGCAUAUUCCUGCACUGAUCCUGAGUCCCUUCCAACUCUAUGAAUUUCUGCCAUGUCCUUAACUUAACCCAUUAGCCCUACUGAAACAACGCCUUAUACACAAUGGCGCUGAAUCACAUUCAUUCACUCUUUAUCUUUGCCUCUCCUCUCCCUCUGGUGACUUUCCUCAUUGUCUCAGUGCAGACUGUAAGCUCCUUGGAGCAGAGACUUGCCACACACACACACAUACACACACUUCAAUGCAGUGGUAUAAAUCAGUCGUGACACUUCAUAAUGAAUAGGUCCUCGUAGUUGUGGAAAUACAAUCUGCAAAAGAUCGAGGGGGUGAUAUUUCUGUGUCCUGCGUAGCUAUGACCUUUCCUCGUGAUCUCUAUCAACGCUGCUCUGCAAAUGCAUCCCCCACUGCCCAUUGCAUCCUUACAUUUCCCCUUCCUGCCUGAAGGCAACAUUUUGCUGAAAGUUUCCUAGUUGCGCAGAACAAAAACACAAAACCCAGUUAUUGGAUUGGGAAUGAAAUGCAUCAGGGGUGUGGGGACUCAGGCCUGGGCCCAGAAUGUGGCCCUCCAGGGUUCGCUGUCUGGCCCUUAAACCUCUCACCAGGCCAUGCUUCACAAACUUCCUUGAGUGCUUUGACUGCCGGAAUGAGUUCUUGCUUGCCUGGGUGGGAGGUUAGAGAGAUAUGUGCAGAAUCUAGCCUACUUUACAAAGGUGAAAUUCGUGUUUGUUCCUCACCUGCUUUUGCAUACUCUCCAAUAUUUAUCUGAUGAAAGUAGGGAUAUCCUAUUCCAUCGUUAUCAUCAUUUUACUAUUUAUACCCCACUGGGUUGCCCCGGCCACUCUGGGCAGCUUCCAAAAUAUAUACAGACAUAAUAUAACAUUAAGCGUUUUUUUUAAAAAAAACUUCCCUAUACAGGGCUGCCUUCAGAUGUCUUCUAAAAGUUGUAUAGUUUCUUCUUGGCUCCGGGGUCACAUAACUCCAGACCCUCCAACAUUUCUCUGAUGAAAAUAGGGAUGUCCUUAGGGAAAGCGGGACAUUCCAGGAUCAAACUGGAAACCAAGACGGCUUCUGUAAAUCUGGGACUGUUGCUGUAAAAUUGGGACACUGGCAGGGUCUUUUUUGCCUCUGAUCCCUCCCAUCAGUGACAUUUGGCCCUUUAAAGAUUGGCCAGAAUGUGGCCCUCAGACAGGAAAUGGUUCCCCACUGCUGAAGUACAAGGGAUUAAGCACACAUGCAUAGUAAGCAGAUAAUUGCACUGCAGUCUUAUUUUGAUCCACGGAAUUUGUAAUUUGUUGGGGUAAGGGAGGAUAACAAGGUCAGGCCAGAGCUGCGUGCCUGAUGCAAUCACAUCAUCCAGAUGUGGAAACCGAAACUGUGCUGAGAAGUUUGCAUCCGAAGAAUCAGCAUAGUGCAAUCCUGUUUAUUAUUACAAUCGUACCUCGGAUGUGGAAUGGAAAUCCAUUCCGGAAGUUGGGUUGACUUCCAAAAUGUUCGGAAACCAAGACACGGCUUCCGAUUGGCUGUAGGAAGCUCCAGCCAAUUGGAAGUUGCUUUGGACAUUGAGGUUCCGAAGAACGUUCACAAACUGGAACACUCACUUCUGGGUUUGCGGCGUUCAGGAGCCAAAACAGUUUUUCCGGGUCAUGUGGCCAGCAUGUGCGAACCAGAGCAGUGCACAGAAACGCUGUUUACCUUCCCGCCAGAAGGUUUUAUCUACUAUUUAUCUACUUGCACUUUGACGUGCUUUCAGACUGCUAGGUUGGCAGGAGCUAAGACUGAACAGGAGCUCACCCCAUCACGGGGAUUUGAACCGCCGACCUUCCGAUUGGAAGUGGUUUAGACCACAGCGCCACCCGUGUCUCAGGAAUAAAUUCCAUAUUAUUCUAUGCAGCGUACUCCCAUAAGGGUUGUGGCCUCGGUGUUUCCCCACCCCCCCAGGCUGGGCAGAUAUUUCUUUCUUGGAAGACAACAUUCCACCCCACCCCCCUAAAAACAAAAAAAAGACUGGUCCCUGCCCCACUGAGCUUACAAUCUCGAUUUCAACAGUGGGGAAGAGAAGCCAGAUGAAAUGUUCAGAUGUUUGGUGGGUGGGGUGUCCAUGCCUAUGGAGCUAGUUCAGAUUCCUGCCUUGCAGGGGGUUGGACUAAAUGAUGCUCUCCGACUCAACAAUUCUGUGGCCUUCCUUCCCCCACUAACCACCCUCAUUUGCCUCACAGCCGCCAAGAUGGAAGAGGUGCAGUCCCAACCCGGCGUGGCUUUCCUGAAUGUGACCUCGAGCUACGUGCCCCACACCAAGGUGGAGUGUCACUACAGCCUGCCACCUGGCAUGAAGCCGUCUGCCAGAGACUGGAUUGGGAUAUUUAAGGUAUUUCAGCUGGAGAGUGGGUGGAGGGAAAGUGGGACACACUAGUGUUAGAAACUCAGAUAUAUAAGCUAGGCGCCAAUUGGCUCCUUAAACCAAGGUUACAGUCACCAAAACGGAAAGUUGCCCUUUGGGGGCAAGAUGGCUCUAAAGUCUUGUUUUUUCAAAUGAUGGACUGACUGUGAUUGAGUCUCAGUUAAACAUCUGGCUAAUUCAGAUGACAAACCUGAGCUAGGUUAAGAGCUUUGAGAACUUGAAGAAGAAAAGGCACUUGAUCCAGGGAUAAUCCAAAUAUCUAUUGGCUUAUUCCGACCUCUUUUUCUUAAUGGUGACAUGGACCAUUCAUAACAUAAGAAUAUUCUUCACAACUCUGAGCAGGGCUGUGAGGUGGGGUAAGCUAAGAAAAAUUGCAGCAAUUUUUAUUUUUUGAAAUAAUUUUGAUUUGAUUUUACAACUGUAAAAUUAUAACAAUACAGUGGUACCUUGGGUUAAGUACUUAAUUCGUUCUGGGGGUCCAUUCUUAACCUGAAACUGUUCUUAACCUGAAGCACCACUUUAGCUAAUGGGGCCUCCUGCUGCUGCUGUGCCGUUGAAGCACGAUUUCUGUUCUCAUCCUGAAGCAAAGUUCUUAACCCAAGGUAAUAUUUCUUGGUUAGCGGAGUCUGGAACCUGAAGCGUAUGUAACCCGAGGUACCACUGUACAAAAUACAUAUCCAUAUUUAGAGAUUUCUCCAAAGCUCUAGACUUCCCACCUUCCCCUCCAUGGGUUCUAUUGUCAACCUUUUCAACUGCAUACUAUUUCAUAAUCCAUAUUUUAUAUUUCUCCAUUUUAUCAAUAUUUACUACAUUACAAGUGUUAUUGCAAUCCUGCUAAUGUUUUCAUCUGCUUACAUUGGUCUGUCAGGCCAAUUGUAAUUUCCCCCCAUUCUUUAUUAAAGUUUUGGUCGUCUUGGUUCCUGAGCUUUCCAGUCAGUUUUGUCAUUUCAGCAUAAUCCAACAGCUUAGCUUGCCAUUCUUCUCUGGUGGGGACAUUGUCUUCUUUCCAUCUCUGGGCUAGUUACAUCUGUGCAGCUAUUGUCACAUACAUAAAAAGUCUUUUCUGCUCCCUAGGAAUAUCAGUACCUACAAUUCCUAAUAGAAAAGCUUCUGGGGUUUUUUCAACUCAUUAUAUAUCAUUUCCCAGAAUGCUUUUAUUACCUUACAGGUCCACCACAUACAGUGGUACCUCGGGUUAAGUACUUAAUUCGUUCCGGAGGUCCGUACUUAACCUGAAACUGUUCUUAACCUGAAGCACCACUUUAGCUAAUGGGGCCUCCUGCUGCUGCCGCACCGCCGGAGCACAAUUUCUGUUCUCAUCCUGAAGCAAAGUUCUUAACCUGAAGCACUAUUUCUGGGUUAGCGGAGUCUGUAACCUGAAGCAUAUGUAACCCGAGGUACCAAUGUAUGGUAAAAAGUGCCUUCCUUUCCUUCACAUUUUCAGCUGAUAUUUGUACUUAUACAUUUUUGGUGACAUACAAACUGCAACGGUUGUUCACUGCUCCUGCUCAGGCUGCACAGGAAAGAAGCAUUUUUGUUCCAGAAAUUCAUUCCGAUUGUGCAGACAAAAUAUAACAGAUAGAAUUCUACAGGAUGGGGUAUUAGCGUGUGAAAACAGUCCAGAUUCAAUGAUCCCUAGGCACGCAUCUCCAGACAGUGGAGGUGUCAGGCAUCUUUACUUGGUCACAAGUGGUUGGAAGCCAGGUGUGAAAUGUGCCUGGCACCUGGCUAAUUUCAAACACAGGACACAUACCGUAUUUUUCGAUCUAUAAGAUGCACUUUCCCCCUCCUAAAAAGUAAGGGGAAAUGUGUGUGCGUCUUAUGGAGCAAAUGCAGGCAGGAGGCUCUGCUCAGCACUCCCUUUAAAGAGCCGCGUGGAGCCCUUCUCCCUCCUCGGGGAAAAGCCCCCAAGACGCUCCACGCGGCUCUUUAAAGGGAGCACGGCUCUUGGGGGAGCCUUCCUCCCGCUGCCCGGGAGAGGCUGUGUGUGGCUAUCCCAUAAACCAGUACAGCAAGCGGGAUUGCUGCGCAGUGAUCCCACUUGCUGUCCUGGCUUCUGGCUUAGCCCCAAGCAGCCUCUUCCGGGCAGGGGGAGCCUUCAUCCCCCUGCCUGGGAGAAGCUGCGCGCGGCUAUCCCAUAAGUCGGGACAGCAAGAGGCUAUCCCAGAAGCCAGAUCCCUCUAGCUGUUCUGGCUUCUGGGAUUCAGAAUAUUUUUUUUCUUGUUUUCCUCCUCCAAAAACUAAGUCUGGUGCGUCUUACAGAGGGAAAAAUACGGUAUGUUCUCAUUUCCCUCAGCUGUUGCUUUAGUGCCUUUAUAUAUGCCACCCUUUUCUCCAAAGAGCUUGAGGUGGCAUAUCCUGCUUUCCAUCCCCACAACAACCCUGCGAGGUGAACAAGCCUGAUAGGCUGUCAUUGACCCAAGGUCACCCAGUGAGCUUUAUGGCCAGGUAAGGAUUCGAACCCUGGUUUCGUGGAUCCUCACUCAGAGAGGGCCUUGACUGCACUGUUGAUGCACACAAUUGCCAAUUCUGGUCUGCACAAAGAGCAGAAUGAGAUGUGAGAGUCCUGAAGGUGGAGAGUGGGCUAUACCACUUCAGACUGCCAGUGAAGAGGGUGUCUCAUUUUCACAGUGCUCUUCCGCAUUUCAUUUUUUUAGGGAGCUUUGUAAAUAGAACGCCAACACAGUAGGAGGUUGAUUUUCUUGUUCUCCCCCUUUGAGCCUGCUGUUACAGGAUGUUCUAUAUACAGGGGAGCGUUAAAAAUGCCAUUUCUUCCCUUCCACCCUGCUCCGUGUCUUAAGACCCAGCGUCCAUCCAGUGUGGUCCUUGGGGGAAGGGGAAGGGAGGAGAGAGAAAAGGAGGAACAUAUCCCUUUGUGCAGCACAGUGGAGGGCUGUUUAUGCAGGCGCAGGCUGCGGGAUUCCUUUUCUGUCCCGCUCUCAUUAGAAAUUGAAAUUCAGGGACCCAGGUCAGUAUGCUUCCUUCCUUCCUGCCCCCAACAGUACUGGAGAAAUGGCUUCCCAACUCAAACUGAAUUUGGGGGGGGGGGCAGGAAAGCCUGGGAUAGAUAGAUAGAUAGAUAGAUAGAUAGAUAGAUAGAUAUAGAUAAUUUAUUAUGGUCAAAGACCAGCUUCAUAUCAGAAUAAGAACAGCGUUCAUAAAGAUAAAAUAUACAAUUAGAGCAGAUUGCAGCAAUAGCUCAUGAGUUAAAAUUGAGAUACAGUGGUACCUCGGGUUAAGUACUUAAUUCGUUCCGGAGGUCCGUACUUAACCUGAAACUGUUCUUAACCUGAAGCACCACUUUAGCUAAUGGGGCCUCCUGCUGCCGCUGCACCGCUGGAGCACGUUUUCUGUUCUCAUCCUGAAGCAAAGUUCUUAACCUGAAGCACUCUUUCUGGGGUAGUGGAGUCUGUAACCUGAAGCGUAUGUAACCUGAAGCGUAUGUAACCCGAGGUACCACUGUAUAUACAUACACCCUUACAACUGAGAUUUGGGCUGCCAUAAAAGUUGACCCUGAGGUGCCCCAAAGGGUGACUUCAGCUUUUCCCUAGUAAGCUAUUUUAUUCUAGAGGAUGAUCUGUGCCUACAAAUCUGGGUGCAGAAUCUGGCUACCAGCCAGGUCGUCUUGUGAUCUUUGCCUAAGAGGAGAGAAUUAAGUUUAGACUUGUCUGAAAGACCGGCGAGCCUCUUCAGCAAAGGAUCAAUGGUGUCUCUACGAAUCUCAGCUUUAAGAGGACAUCCAAAUAUAUAUAUAUGUUCGGGGCUUCCUAUUUCCCCUAAUGGGCAGGCGCAAAGUCUCUGUGCGUAUGGGACUCUUCUAUAGGAGCCUUCCAGAACCGGUGAGGGCAAGGCUGAGCUUCUAGCAAGAGUGAAAGCCCUUCUUGGGUUUCUGGAUGCGAGGAAAUAGAGAUAUGUUGCUGGAGCUGCUACAUAUCUCCGGUUUUCUAUGAUUGUAUAAUCGGGGACCCUUGUACAGUCCUGUUGUCUAUGUCCAUGAUUCUUUGCCUAACCACGGAAGCUUGGGUUUGCUUUUAGACUCAGGGCUUGAGAAAUUCCUCCUCCAUCCUGGAGGUGCCGAACAGUGGUUGUUUAGUCCCGUUGCUGCUGGUGUUAAGGGUGAAAUGUAGAUGCAGUUGUCACUGAGACAGUUCAGAAUGAGGCAGAAGGUUCACAGAAUGUUAGAGCUGGGAUGGACCUCUGAGCUCAUCUCCUCUGCUGUAUCCAAAGAACCCCGGUUCCUACCUCGUUUUGAGGAUGGGGAGGGGCAAAGUGUAGCCCAAGCCAGAUUCAAAAGUGAAUGAGUCUGUUGUUGUUGUUGUUUAGUCGUUUAGUCGUGUCUGACUCUUCGUGACCCCCUGGACCAGAGCACGCCAGGCACUCCUGUCUUCCACUGCCUCCUGCAGCUUGGUCAAACUCAUGCUGGUAGCUUCGAGAACACUGUCCAACCAUCUCGUCCUCUGUCGUCCCCUUCUCCUUGUGCCCUCCAUCUUUCCCAACAUCAGGGUCUUUUCCAGGGAGUCUUCUCUUCUCAUGAGAUGGCCAAAGUAUUGGAGCCUCAGCUUCACGAUCUGUCCUUCCAGUGAGCACUCAGGGCUGAUUUCCUUCACAAUGGAUGCGUUUGAUCUUCUUGCAGUCCAUGGGACUCUCAAGAGUCUCCUCCAGCACUGUAAUUCAAAAGCAUCAAUUCUUCAGUGAUCAGCCUUCUUUAUGGUCCAGCUCUCACUUCCAUACAUCACUACUGGGAAAACCAUGGCUUUAACUAUACGGACCUUUGUUGGCAAGGUGAUGUCUCUGCUUUUUAAGAUGCUGUCUAGGUUUGCCAUCGCCUUUCUCCCAAGAAGCAGGCAUCUUUUAAUUUCGUGACUGCUGUCACCAUCUGCAGUGAUCAUGGAACCCAAGAAAGUAAAAUCUCUCACUGCCUCCAUUUCUUCCCCUUCUAUUUGCCAGGAGGUGAUGGGACCAGUGGCCAUGAUCUUCGGGUUUUUUGAUGUUGAGCUUCAGACCAUAUUUUGCGCUCUCCUCUUUCACCCUCAUUAAAAGGUUCUUUAAUCCCUCCUCACUUUCUGCCAUCAAGGUUGUGUCAUCUGCAUAUCUGAGGUUAUAUUCCCUAAACCUCUUGUGCGUCCCUCAUCCUGUAUAAUAAUGUGCUGAUCUAAGCAACACACCCUAGGGGAAGCUCUCGGGACAUGAGCUACUCUCAUGCUCUCUUCCCAUUCUCUUUCCCAGAUGGAGUCCUCUUCAUAUUCCCCCCCCAAAAAAAAAUUUAUUCAUUUUAUAACACAACUAAACAACACAAACAGAAAAACAAACAACAGAAACAAAUUCUUGUCUUAUCCUUACUGUUUCUAAACAUUGUUAGGUGGGCUUCCCCAAGUCCCCCCAUCUGAUUUUCAUUUUACCUCAUCUUUAGCAGUUUACAGUGGUACCUCAGGUUAAGUACUUAAUUCAUUCCGGAGGUCCGUUCUUAACCUGAAACUGUUCUUAACCUGAAGCACCACUUUAGCUAAUGGGGCCUCCUGCUGCCGCCGCGCCGCCAGAACACGAUUUCUGUUCUCAUCCUGAAGCUAAGUUCUUAACCUGAGGUACUAUUUCUGGGUUAGCGGAGUGUGUAACCUGAAGCGUAUGUAACCUGAAGCGUAUGUAACCCGAGGUAUCACUGUAAAUAUAUCGUAAUUUUUAACGAUUUUUUUUAUCACACUUACCAUAAAAAUCUUCACAUUUUAUCACUAGGUGGAGUCCUCUUCAGUGCGUGAUUAUUAUACCUUUGUGUGGUGCACAGUUCCAGAUGGAGGAGCUUCCGCAGGAGCCCUUCUUCACUGUAACGUUCAGUUCCAAGGUGGGUGUUAGGAGGUCCGAUGGUCCGCAGCUGGUUACUCGUGGCUGGAGAUGCCAAAGCAAUACUUAAAUUGUGCUUUUCUAAAACAAGGCGGGUGGCGCUGUGCUCUAAACCACAAAGUCUAGGGCUUGCCGAUCGGAAGGUUGGCGGUUCGAAUCCCCGCCACGGGGUGAGCUCCCGUUGUUUGGUCCCUGCUCCUGUCAACCUAGCAGUUCGAAAGCAUGUCAAGUGCAAGUAGAUAAAUAGGUACCUCUCUGGUGGGAAGGUAAACGGCGUUUCCGUGCUGCUCUGGUUUGCCAGAAGCGGCUUAGUCAUGCUGGCCACAUGACCCAGAAGCUGUCUGCGGACAAAUGUCGGCUCCCUCGGCCUAUAAAGCGAGAUGAGCGUGCAACCCCAGAGUCGUCUGCGACUGGACCUAACGGUCAGGGGUACCUUUACCUUAACCAGGGGUACCUUACCUUAACCAAGGCAGAAAGGUGACUCAGAAAUCAUAGAAGGGGAUAGGUGGUGACCACGGGACUCUGCUACAUUUGGUUUGGGCAACGUUUUUGACUUGUCCUUUGUUUUCAAAACCCAUGCAUAAGUUCAAAAGUACGCAUGUAUGUGGAUGGGAGUCAACUAAUGAAUUUCAUCAGCGGAAACCCUCUGCAAGAAUGGCAGCUUGCCCAAGGGGGCUUUCCCCCACUCCCCCCCCCAUGUGUCCCCUGUCCCCUGAAAUUGACUCUUGGAGGAGUUGGGAGAACCCCUGAAAUAGCAUAUGGGGGUGGAGAGGGAGGGAUUCUUCCAUCUGGCAAGCCAAAAUAAUUGCCUUGACAAAUUGAUUGCUUUAGCGUGAUGUUGAAUUCCUCCCAUUCCAGGCUUUGCCUUUUUGAAAAAAUGGUUCUCUCCAUAGCCAUUCGCUCAGCUGCUGUGACAUCACAGAAUGCUCGUAAGCAUUCUGACCAAUGAAGGAGUGCUACCAUAUUUUUUUUACUACUACUGUUACACAACUGUUAAAUUUACAUAAAGCCUCUUUAUAAAAUAAAUUCAGAGCAGCUUUGAUUGAAUGCAGUGUUCAUGAAAUACAAACAAGAGAAGGGGCCAACCAACCUCAAGAGCAGGCAUUGGCAAACUCGGCCCUCCAGAUGUUUUGGGACUACAACUCCCAUCAUCCCUGACCACUGGUCUUGCUAGCUAGGGAUGAUGGGAGUUGUAGUCCCAAAAGUUCUGGAGGGCCGAGUUUGCCUAUGCCUGAUCAAGAGCAUGGGCCGGCAAACUAAGGCCUGCGGGCUGGAUCAGGCCCAAUUGCCUUAUGGAUCUGGCCCGUGGACGGUCCGAGAAUCACCGUGUGGAUCGCCAGUGCGUGCAUUCUUUCCCUCUCCCUCACACAGCGGCGGCACCUCCUCCCUCCCUCCUCCUGGCUUCUCCCCGCCCUGCCUAGAGGAGGAAGGGGGCUGGGCUUUGUUGGUGCCAGCAGCAGCGCUUGAGCGGCCGCCAUUUUAAGCAGCCCCUCUCCGGAGCCCUUUCACGUGCCGCUCAUCGUCCCUCUGCUGCCAUCGCUGCCAACCCCUGCCGCUCACAAGACACAGGUAAGCAGCUACCGGGGCUCGUGAUGCUCUUGCAUCUUUUUUUAAAAUAUAGUCCGGCCCCCCACAAGGUCUGAGGGGCAGUGGACCAGCCCCCUGCUGAAAAAGUUUGCUGACCCCUGCUCUAGAGCCUCAUUUCUUUCCUUUGCUGCGGUGUCAACCAUUUUGCGUUCUUCAGACUGUACGUAACACAGAUCAGUAAACAAACCCAUUUGUUGUGUUUACAGCCAGCUACCUGCCCAAGCCAGGCCCCCAGCAGUACCAGUUCCGCUAUGUGGAUCGCCGUGGGGAGGUGCGUGGUCAAAGCUCCCCUUUCCAGUUCAGCGAGCCGCGGCCCAUGGAUGAGCUCGUCACUCUGGAGGAGGCGAGCGAUGACGGUGGGGGCACCGACAUGUUGCUGGUGGUUCCCAAGGCCGCCCUGCUAGAGGUAAUAUACUCCCAAGCAACACCCUGAAUUUCAGAAGCCCCCUGACUGUUCAGCCUGGCGGAUCAUUUGCCCAGCAAUGCCCAUCACCCCUAGCCCUUGGCUGUGCCGUUCAAUGCUGAUGGGAGCUGGGAGCCCAGUAAAAUCCACACAGGUUUCCCAACUUUGAAAUAUAGAUUCCUAGAACAAUGACUUGGCCUUGAAAUCAACAUGGUACGGUCUUUCCCAAACUGUACCACAUCGGUCUGCAGGAGGGGAAUCGCAUCUUUGAAUUUUCCCUGUGGAAGCAGUCUUCCUGUAGAUGGAAAGCUAAUUUGUCUAGUAAAAGACUACGCUAAUCUUCUUCUCUCUGAUUUCCAUCCAGAAAUGGUGUGUGUGUCUUUUAAUAAAUUUAGCGGAUUCACAUAUCUUCGCCUUCAAGUCUAUUUUUCCCAUUUCAUUUCACUUUUAAUUUGUAUACCGCCUUUCUAAAUUACUGUAUUCAAGGCGGUUUACAAGCUCUGGAGACAACAAGAUAGCAAAGAUCACACACCUCACAACAAGCCAUGAUAAAAGCAUAACUUUAAAAUAAACAGCCUGUAUCAAAUAAAAGCAAUAUGCAACAAUCCAUUAGAAUGUAAUGGUAAACAGUAAAAUGAAAUAUCGGCAAAUGAUAAUUAAACAGUUUACACUGAACCAUUACAAUAAUCACUAAAGACAAGUCACAAUGCAUAAAAUACCACAAAACCAUACAGAAUCAAAUUGAGGAAAAAAGGACACACAAUGUAUAAAUAUAUACAGUGAACACUUGGGUUGCGAAUGUGAUCCGUGCGGGGGGCACAUUCGCAACCCACAGCGCCGCGUCUGUGCAUGCGCAGAUUGCGAUUAGGUGCUUCUGCGCAUGCGCAAAGCGCAAUUUGGCGCUUCUGCGCAUGUGCAACCGCCGAACCCCGGAAGUAACCCAUUCCGGUACUUCCAGGUUUUCGGCGUGUCCAUAACCUGGAAAAACGCAACCUGAAGCGUCUGUAACCCAAGGUAUGACUAUAUAUAUAAAUUCAGUGGUACCUCAGGUUAAGUAUUUAAUUCGUUCCAGAGGUCUGUUCUUAACCUGAAACUGUUCUUAACCUGAAGCACCACUUUAGCUAAUGGGGCCUCCUGCUGCUGCGUGCCACAGGAGCCUGAUUUCUGUUCUUAUCCUGAAGCAAAGUUCUUAACCUGAAGCACUAUUUCUGGGUUAACGGAGUGUGUAACCUGAAGCGUAUGUAACCUGAAGCGUAUGUAACCCGAGGUACCACUGUAUAUAUAUAUCCCUGAGCUGCUCUCUUUCCAGCUGCUUCUGCUGUCCUCAAAGUCAUGGUCUAGGAAAGGCUCCAGGGCUGGAGGGUGGGGCAAGGCAGGUGGAAAAAGUCCUUGCCUGACAACCAGCACAAAGUUUCUUUCCGCUCAUCAGUUAACAGCCCAGAGGGGCUCUGUCAUGCUGUUUCUUCUGAGCCAUCUCUCAAUUCCAGCCCUGUGUGAUAGCAACAUAGGGACGGUGACUUUAAGGUAGCGGCUUAAGCAAGUCUGCUAAACGUGUUCCCUGGCCUCUAAUGAAGCCUCGCGGGUGUCUCUCCUUAUAUCCUUCACAGACGCAGUUGGAAGAGAGCCGGCAGGAGCAAGGAGCCCUGCUGCAGGAGUCGUGCCGCCUGAAGGAUGAGGUUCAAGAGCUGAGAAGCCGUGUGGCGGAGCUGGAAGCAGUCCUGGGCACGCUUCGGGAUGAGCACACCAAGCUGGCUGCACAGUACAAGGCAAGAGAGGAAGCCCAGCAAUCUGGGAAUUCUCAAUCUCUCCAGGUCCCCAAAGCUACUCAGGGCCAGAGGGGAAUUGUGCCCUGUUCCCCUUGCCCUGAGGUUCAUUUCAGGGCAGGUCAAGGAACCUUCAGCUGAAAUUUGCUAAAUUUUCGGCAGGGUCUGCCUGUCAUAGCCCCUUAGUUAGACAUGGGCAACUCCUCAUGCUAUCAGUGUCUGUCUCCCAAUGGAAUGGCUCGUGUGAUUCAUUCCUUCAUUCAUUUAAGAUUUAUGCACUGCCAGUGUGGUGUAGUGGUUAAGAGCAGUGGACUCGUAAUCUGGUGAACCGGGUUCGCGUCUCCGCUCCUUCGCAUGCAGCUGCUAGGUGACCUUGGGCCAGUCACACUUCUCUGAAGUCUCUCAGCCCCACUCACCUCACAGAGUGUUUGUUGUGGGGGAGGAAGGGAAAGGAGAAUGUUAGCCGCUUUGAGACUCCUUCGGGUAGUGAUAAAGCGGGAUAUCAAAUCCAAACUCCUCCUCUUCUUCUUCAAGCACUUUGUCACGGCAGCUGAAUGUUAAAAUGUUUUAAAUGCCAUGAAGUACCUAAUACACAAAAUAAAAGCAUCUGAUCUGUGAAAAUAACACCAAACUAGUCCGAGUAAAAUGAAUCAACAGAAGUUAUAAAGCCUGAAAAAAAGGAAACAGUUAUUUGAUUUAAAGACAUCAGAGUAGUUUUUGCUCUUCAGAUAGCUGGGGCAGUGGCAUAUCGGGGGGGGUGGGGUGCAAGGGACUGUUGUCCAGGUGCAAAAUUGGGGGGAGGGCGCACGCCACAAAUUUCAAAGAAAAACAAACCACUUUGAGGGGUAUAUUUAGCAACCAAGUGGUGUAAAAAUGUCAUGGAAAUAAUAAUAAUAAUAAUAAUAAUAAUAAUAAUAAUAAUAAUAAUAAAUGGCUGCCUCAGCUGUCCCCUCCCCAGCUUCCCUCUCCCUGCUGGGAACACCCUUCCUCACCACCAUGACCCCAGCCCUGACAGAAACCGCGGGUUAGUAGGUGUAAUAUUUGCCUUGCCCCAGGAGCCAGCAACCCACACUAUGCCACUGAUAUGCUAGAUUAUGAUAGUCUUUUUUUAAAAUAGAAGCUGCCCAUCUAGUUCCACUCUGAUCCAUUCAUCUGACCCAUUCAUCUUGGCAUCACUGUCACGCUAGCUCCUGACUCUUUUUCUUCUUGGGGCUGAUCCCAUCCAGUCAGGGAUUCGGAGUGGACAGAAUGGUGUCACAAUGACACCUAGCCAGGCACCACCUAACCAAUCAGCUUUAGUUGCAUAGUGAUGUCACUGUAGGCAAGAAAUAGCAAAGAAGAGUAGCAGCAACCUAAAGAAAUGAAAUAAAUAAAUAAAUGGAAGCGUGCUGAGAAGCCACCGAAAAGGGAGGUGUAGAUUUCAGGGUGUAGAAAAGAAGUAGGAAGAAUUUACGUGAUGGUCGCCUUGUGCUCAGAUACUACCCAUGUCUGUAGGCUGUGUUUCCUUCCUUGGAAAUACCAGGUUUUCUGCCACACACACAUUAUCAGAAAUAUUGUGUUACGUCUCAAGCAUGCACCCAAUGCCAUGAAUGUUGCUCACUCCUCCAUCUCCCCACGCUACCAGGAAUUAUCGAAUUCUUUUGCGGAAGUGUCCGAGCAGAGAGAUACACUAAGCCUCCAAGAAGCUGAGCACGUGGCCCGAAUCCGAGAGCUGGAGGGUGACAUCCAGGCCAUGGGUGAGAAGAUGCUGCAAAGAGAGACGGAGUUGGACAGGUGAGGGUCAUGGCUCAAUUUCUGGCACCAUGUAAUUCCCUUAAGCUUACCUGCCCACCAUCACAGUUGGCAGCCUCCACUAUGGCUUACAAACUGAGCUGAGUCCAUCAGAGGGUGCUAAUUUUUCCCCCAGCCUGGUUCAUACUCUGGUCCACAAGCUGAGUAGGUCCACUGCUUCUCAUCCCACCCUCUCCUUUCUCCUUUUGCGCCCCAGAAUGAAAGAUACUGUCAAGUCUCUGCUGCGUGAACAGGAGCAGAUUCACAACCAGCUCAAAGAGGAGAAUGCGGAGAAGGAGCAGUACCAGGUGAGUGCUGGGCCAAAUGUGGCCCCGGGGCCUCUCUGCCUGGCCCUCGGAACUCUCUCCAGGCCACACCCCUCCUUGGCCCUUGAGUGUUUCUGCCUGGCUAGAAUGCACCCUUGCUUCCCUGGAUGGAGGACAGAGCGGGAUGUGAGAGUGUGUGUAGAAGCUAGCCUACUACACAAAGGUAAAAUUUGUGUCAGUUGUUCUUUGCCUCUGGACUUGCCCACUAGGGCUGGGCGAUAUAUCGAGAUAUCACCCAAAACCGAUUUGAACUCCAUAUUGAUAUAUUGGUUUCAUAGUUUUUGACCUGGCAAUAUAUCGCAAAUCAGGAUCUGUGUUAGGGCUGAUCAAUAUAUCAUCCAAAACUGGUUACAAGUCCAUAUAAUGAAAUUGGUUUCAUAAUUUUUGACCUGGCAAUACAUGAUGUUUGUGUGUGCUAUGCAAAAAUCACAAUGUGGGAAAACUGUGAAGCCAGCCCAUGCCUCUACAUAGCUCCAUCUUUAUUUCAUACAUUGUAAUAUAUCAGCAUAUUGUGAUGUUUAGUUGGUGAUAUAUCACAAAGUUGAAAACCAGCUCCAUCCUUUUUCCAGACAUUAUUAAAAAUGAGUAUAUUGCAAUGUUUGACGAAGUUGGAAACCAGAUAUCACCCAGUCCUACUGUUCGCGUCUACAUAGCUCCAUUCUUAUUUUAGACAACAUGAUAAAUUGGUAUGUUUAGCUGGUGAUAAACCACAGUGUUGAAAACUAGAUCUCACCAAGCCCUACUGCCGUUGGGAUGUGGACUCCCAAAAGGCUUCCCAGAAAGGAAUGAGGUCCUUGAGUAGACCAAAUCGGAGAGUAAGAAAUCCGAGUCAGUGGAAGGGCAAGUAUCGCAGCCUAAACAUUGUGACUACAACCUCCUUUCUCCUCCUCAGGUAAAGCUGCAGGCCUCAGAAGAGGAGAGCCGCAGCCUGGCCUCUGAUCUGCAGGAAGCGAAGACCCUCCAUGGGGAGAAGGUCUCACAGACUCUGGGGCUGCAGGAGGACAUCAGCAAAUUGCAGCAGAAGCUGACGGCUGCUAACCGCCGCACUGUAAGUGCCGGACAGCAGAAUAUGCUGAACCUCAGCAAGGCACUCUGUCUCCAAGGCAGUGGUGGUUACAGUGUUGGGCUUGGGAGACCAGGGCUCAGAUCCCCACUCAGACAUGAAGCUAGGCUGGGUGACCUUGGGCCAGUGGCUGUCUCCCAGCCGAACCGAUCUCACUGGGUUGUCAUGAGGAUAAAAUGGAGCGAGAGAGGACCGCAUAUGUAGCUUUGAGCUCCUUGCAGGAAAAGGCAGGAUAUGAAUGUAACCAUGCAAUAAAGCAGUGGGCACUCAAAUUUUCCCCUGCCACCCCCAUUCUAAAGGUAAAGGGACCCCUGACCAUUAGGUCCAGUGGUGACCGACUCUGGGGUUGUGGAACUCACCUCACUUUAUUGGCCGAGGGAGCCAGCUUCCAGCUUCCAGGUCAUGUGGCCAGCAUGACUAAGCCACUUCUGGCGAACCAGAGCAGCGCACGGAAACGCCGUUUACCUUCCCGCCGGAGUGGUACCUAUUUAUCUACUUGCACUUUGAUGUGCUUUCGAACUGCUAGGUUGGCAGGAGCAGGGACCGAGCAACGGGAGCUCACCCCGUCCUGGGGAUUCAAACCGCUGACCUUCUGAUCGGCAAGUCCUAGGCUCUGUGGUUUAACCACAGCACCACCCGCAUCCCUUUACCCCCAUUCUAGAGGAGCUCAAAACAGGGUGAGGUAGAGAUAGCCCAGGAAGUGGUGAAAUAGCUGGAAAUUGGGCUUGGAUCCUGAUAAGGAAGCUCACGGACCCAAAACCCAGAUAGACUCCUGGUCCACCAUAAACCAGACCUUGUAGAGGAGAGGAGAGUUUGAUUCUUGUCUCUGGGAAAGAAGUCAGGUGGUAGUCUCAGGUUUAGGAGAGUUGGGUGUCAGUGGAGAAACAAGGAAUGAGAGAGAGACUAGGGUGGGAGUAGACAGCAUGGUGGGAUACGGGUGGCGCUCUAAACCACAGAGCCUUGGGCUUGCCAAUCGGAAGGUCAGUGGUUCGAAUCCCCGCGACGGGGUGCGCUCCCGUUUCUCAGUCCCUGCUCCUGCCAACCUAGCAGUUCGAAAGCACGUCCAAGUGCAAGUAGAUAAAUAGGUACCACUCCAGCGGGAAGGUAAAUGGCGUUUCCGUGCGCUGCUCUGCUUCGCCAGAAGCGGCUUAGUCAUGCUGGCCACAUGACCCGGAAGCUGUAUGCCAGCUCCCUUGGCCAAGAGUCGGUCACGACUGGACCUAAGGGUCAGGGGUCCCUUUACUUAAGUUGCAGCGACACUGGUGAUCAGGGGCGCUGUGUCCCAUUUUGCCACCUGAGGUUGCGCGGUGGCACCUGCAAAGCAGCAGUGACCACGGCAGGUUCCAGUGAGAUCUCGCAGAGGGUCAGGGGUUCCUUUACCUUUACCUUUACCUUAGACAGCAUGUUACCCUCCAGAGUCCACCUACCAUCAUCCCUGACCAUUAGUCAUGUUGUCUGGGGGCUGAUGGGAGUUGGAGACCAACAACACCUGGAGGGAUAUCAUAUUGGCUCUUCCUGGAUUAGGUUGUAUAUUGAUUAGCGCCACUGGUGGUUACAAAGGGUUUGGGCCACUUGCUAUUGUACCACAGUUCCCACGAGGUCUUGCUGCAGGCAAGACAUCCUAUAAUAGGGUGUGGCUGAAAUUUUGCCAAAAAGAGAGAACAUUUCUAGAUUUUUUUUUUCAUUUUUCAUGCUGCUCCCGAACCAUUGGCAGAACGUCAAUCCUAGAGAAUGUUUCGCAAAAUGGCCUCCGUAAUUUCACCAUAUAUUUUGGCAGCGACUGUGUUUUAAUAAUCAUUCAGUAUUAUUUUAAUAGUGUUGAAGGAAGCAAUAAGCUUGGCCCCUACUCCUUCCAGUCCUCCUCUCUUUGCCCACUUCACCCACCAAUGGAAACCAACUGUAAACAGUUCCAUUCAACAUGAAAUGAGUCCACCUUUGUCAGAAGAGAAGAUUCAUGGAAAGCCUAUUGGAGAACUUCACCUCCCCACUCCAUCAAACCCAGAAUCCACAAACCCACACAUCAGUUACACUGGCAGCAGCUCUUGAGGGUUUGAGAUGGGAUAUGAUCCAAGCCCUACCUGGAGAUUGAAUCUGGCACCUUCUGCUUGCAGAGUAGAUACUGUUCCACUGAGCUGCCACGCUUCCCAAAAGUAGCAUGGAGAAUUCUGGGAGGUCAUAUGGGCUCACCCCUACCCACGCAUCCCCUCGUUGCCUCCCUUCCCCCACCCAUGUCCCAUCCUGUCUCUUCCCAGGUGCAGAUGGAGUCUCUGUGCGAACAGCUGCGCUCCACGCAGGACAUUCUGGCUGCCAGCCAGCAGAAAGUGGCUCUCUUGGGGGAAGAGUUGGCCAGCGUGGCCUCCAUCCGGGACCGCACCAUCUCCGAUCUGCACAAGAGCCGCCUGGAGGCAGCCGAGAUCAACAUCAAGCUGGCUGACAUGACUCUCAAGUGGAAAGAGGGCAAAGGGCAGUGGUGGAAGGAGAAGGCCACACUGCUGCAGAGCAUGGAGGUUUGUUUGAGCCACCCCAGGGUUCCCCAGUCGUGCUUAGUAGCUGAUGGUAAACCCUAUCACUUUGGCUUCCCGGGUGGGAGACGAGGGAGGAUGAAGGUCAGCGCAGUGCAAACUCGCCCUUGGGAGUUCUGAGUUGGUUCCCUGGUGCAUCUGCAUCAUGUUGACAUCUCCCUUUUCCAUCUCAGUAAGUUGCAGCGACGGUGAUCAGGGGCGCUGCAUCCCAUUUUGCCACCUGAGGCAAAGAGGGGAGCUGCCACCCCACCCUGCUGCCGCUCCCCCACCCCUGCUGAAGCCUCCCUUACUUGGGUUGCGCGGUGGCACCUGCAAAGCAACAGUGACCACGGCAGGUUCCAGUGAGAUCUCGCAGAGUGCAUGAGAUCUCGUGAGAUUUCGGCAAGAGCCUCAGCCUGCCUCUUGCCAGGGAUGGGAGGUCAGGGAAGCAUUCUCGGCCCAAUAGCUGCUACCUGCUUCAAGCACGCAUUCAGCAUUGUCUUCUGUUUUUAGUGGGAAAAGGGGCAAAGUGCCAUGGAUGAAGUGGAACGUAGCAUACACAGAUUCAGUCAUAGAACUGUAGAGUUGGAAGGGACCCCAAGGGUCAUCUAGUCCAACCCCCUGCAAAAGCUUUCUUCUGCCUAAACAUCACAGCGACCGAUGCCAACCGACACCAGUUGCGUAACAGACCUCAGCAACUCAGCAUUUUGGCUAAUCUACUUUAUUUACAUAUAAACACACAUGGAACUCUGCAACAUGGCUCACUAUCUCUCUAGCAUCAGACAGCAAAGAGAGAGAACAAAGGACAAUAGUCCCACUUCACGAAACACAGUAACACAAACAUCCUGUCUCCAUCACUUCCCACUCUUUGGAGUCAAAACAUAUACCGUUAUGUGAAAGACCACAAUCCCAUGACUGCAAUCACGGAGCAGGAAUUCUAACAGACUGUUCCCGUCGAACAGCUCUUACUGUCAGAAGGCUUUUCCUGAUGUUUAGUCGGAAUCGCCUUUCUUGUAACUUGAAGCCAUUGGUUCGAGUCCUACCCUCCAGAGCAGGAGAAAAUAAGUUUAUUCCCUCUUCCAUGUGACAGCCGUUGAGAUAUUUGAAGAUGGGAGUCAGUCAUUCUUCGUACAGGGAUUCUAAUGGCAAGGCAAUGUUCAGGGUGGAGGUAGGGAAUCGGGAAACUCGGCGUUCUGUGUUUUCAAACAUGAAAUAUUCCCCUAAGUAACUUCUUCCCUAUAAGGCAUACAGAGAUGUGAAUAAACAUUUCCAGGUAUGCUGCACUAGACAAUCUGAUUUGUAAACUAAAACUACAUUUUAAAUACAGGGAAUGAAUGUGAGGCACAUUCUGUCAUCUCCCAUGUUACUUGUAGAAAUCACGUUUUUGUAAUAAUAAUAAUAAUAAUAAUAAUAAUAAUAAUAAUUUAUUAUUUAUACCCUGCCAUUCUGGCUGGGCUUCCCCAGCCAUUCUGGGUGGCUUCCCAAAAAUAUUAAAAUACUGUAAUACAUCAAACAUUAAAAGCUUCCCUAAACAGGGCUGCCUUCAGAUAUCUUCUAAAAGUCUGGUAGUUGUUGUUCUCUUUGACAUCUGGUGGGAGGGCGUUCCACAGGGAGGGUGCCACUACUGAGAAGGCCCUCUGCCUGGUUCUCUGUAACUUGGCUUCUUGCAGUGAGGGAACCGCCAGAAGGCCCUCAGUGCUGGACCUCAGUAUCCAGGUAAAACGAUGGGGGUGGAGACGCUCCUUCAGAUAUACUGGACUUUUUAACUAUGUGUGUAUAUAUAUUUGACUUUGGAACUGUGUGUUUUAAAUGUCGGCACGAUUUCCCCUCCGAUUUGUGGAUUCCAUCCACACACCCCCCCAAUAUGAUUCCAAAACUACUGCAUGAUUAGUUUGCUGCGUUGAGGGAUGGGCAUGGGGUGGGGAGGAGUCCCAUCCAGCUCCUCCCCACCCAUUGAAGGCAACCCUGUGGUCUCGGCAGGCAGAGAAGGACAAGAUCCUGAAGCUGAGCGCCGAAGUGCUGCGCCUGGAGAAGAGCCUGCAAGAAGAGCGGGCACAGCGCCAGGUGUUGCGUUUGGAGUUGGCACAGGAACGUGAUUCCAGUCUGGUAAAUUGGGGCUCUGGGGGAGUUGGGGGGUGGUCCCCAUUGCCCUGGGUGGGAGAAAAAUAACAAUCCCUUUGAGUUCUGAUGGUUUCAUUAUAGGGCACCCAACACUCACCAGUAGAAACGACUUGCCCUUGUUUAUUAUUACCAACUCAGGUCCAUUAAUUUCCAUGUGUGAAUUACAGUGGUACCUCGGGUUAAGAACUUAAUUCGUUCCAGAGGUACGUUCUUAACCUGAAACUGUUCUUAACCUGAGGUACCACUGUAAUUCAUUCCGGAGGUCCGUUCUUAACCUGAAACUGUUCUUAACCUGAGGUACCACUUUAGCUAAUGGGGCCUCCUGCUGCCGCUGCUGUGUGAUUUCUGUUCUCAUCCUGAGGUAAACCCUAACCCUAACCCUAACCCUAAUGGGGCCUCCCACUGCUGCCACGCCGCCGGAGCACAAUUUCUGUUCUCAUCCUGAAGCAAAGUUCUUAACCCGAGGUACUAUUUCUGGGUUAGCGGAGUCUGUAACCUGAAGCGUCUGUAACCCGAGGUACCACUGUACUCUUUUGGGAAGCUUUUCUUGCCUUCCCCUUUAGGGGUUUUUGAAUUAAAAAACAAAAAACCAUUGUACUUCCACAAGCCUUGGGGUCCCCAUCACCCAAGUUUGCUGGCACCUCCCUCUUGUGUGUGGAAGCUGUCAUUUUGGCUCCAAAGGGAUUGACACUCGCUCCCGAACAUUUGAAAUUGAAGGAAACAUGGUCAGAUCCCAACAGUAGGAACGUAACAGCAGGUAUUUAGGGGGCAUUUGUUGGAGAGGGGUGAGGUCUGGCUCAUAGUUGAAAACAGCCGAAGCCUUAGGGAUGCGGAUAUUUGGCUCCACAGCCAGUUCCUUGGCUCGCCACCCACUCUGCCCUGCAUCCCACCCAUUGCCUUAAUAUUCUGGAAUCUGCAGGCUGGUGAAGUUGAUGGACUUUAUGGAGCUAGCUGAUCUCACUGGGAGAAUCCGCGACCAGAAAGAAGAGGAAUAUCAAGAAGACUGGAAGAAAUUUAAAGAUUAUUUGAACAAAAAUUGUAACAUUAAAGAUUAGUAAUUACUUGAAAGAACUAAAUAGGCCUAGGAUUAAAUUAGGAUUAAAUAAAUAAAUGAGAAAUAGAACGAUAAGAAAAGUUAAGAAGUUUGAUUAUAACCGGAAUAUUGUUUUUUGAAUAAUGAUACUGGAAAACUGCUACAUUCAAUUUAGAUGGAAGAGAUUAGAGGAAGUCAAGUAAUAUGUUUAUCAAGUUGGAAGCUUAACUGACUAAGUUUUAUUGUAUUUGUGUAUGUGGUUGUAUUCUUGGUUAUUAUUUGCUAGGUUUGUAUUAUUUCGCUUUUUUUUUUCUUUUACUAUUAUUUUUCUUAUUUUUGUUUUAUUGAAGUAAUGUGUUUGUAUGAAAUUCAAUAAAUAUUAUGGGGGGGGAUAAUAUUCUGGAAUGUGCAAACUCUCUCUUUUGCCCCAUCAGGUGCAGGUCUCUGAGAGCCGCCGGGAGCUGCGAGAGCUGAGAGCUGCACUGCAGGUCGCCCAGAAGGAGAAAGAGCAGCUCCAAGCCGAAAAGCAGGUUGGUGAGAGGCCAUCUCGGAAAGCUUGCAGAAGAGGUGCAAAAGGGGAGAGCAACCAGGAAGCACAAGUUUGAGAAAGAGGGGGAAGGCGUCCUAGGUUAUAUAGGUUGCUAGGUUGCACGACAUCGUGGCCCCCUUCUGCGUGAGGGUUUACGCUUGCGCAGGGGGACUCCUUGCCCUCGCACACCCCCUAAAUCUGUUCUAGGGGUUGCCCUUGCAGCCCCUUUUGGGAAGGGUAUGGCAUUAGUGUGGGGGGAGGAGAGGGGAAAGUCCCGUUGGGCAAGCGGAUAUGCUUGCGCGGACGGGUCACAUUCGCUGGAUGCUGCCCACAGCCCAUGGCUAGAACUUGAACACAGAACUUGAUUUGGGGACAUGUCCACCAGCUCUACCUCUCUUUCAAAUCGGAACCAGUGAAGGCGGUGAAGGUCCUGUGUGAGUGCCUGGAGGCAGUUGGAGGAUGGAUGGUGGCUAACAGAUUAAGGUUGAAUCCUGACAAGACAGAAGUACUGUUUUGGGGGGACAGGAGGCGGGCAGGUGUGGAGGACUCCCUGGUCCUGGAUGGGGUAACUGUGUCCCUGAAGGACCAGGUGCGCAGCCUGGGAGUCAUUCUGGACUCACAGCUGUCCAUGGAGGUGCAGGUCAAUUCUGUGUCCAGGGCAGCAGUCUACCUGCUCCACCUGGUACGCAGGCUGAGACCCUACCUGCCCGCGGACUGUCUGGCCAGAGUGGUGCAUGCUCUGGUUAUCUCCCGCUUGGACUACUGCAAUGCGCUCUACAUGGGGCUACCUUUGAAGGUGACCCGGAAACUGCAAUUAAUCCAGAAUGCGGCAGCUAGACUGGUGCCUGGGAGCGGCCACCGAGACCAUAUAACACCGGUCUUGAAAGACCUACACUGGCUCCCAGUACGUUUCCGAGCACAAUUCAAAGUGUUGGUGCUGACCUUUAAAGCCCUAAAUGGCCUCGGUCCAGUAUACCUGAAGAAGUGUCUCCACCUUCAUCGUUCUUCCCGGACACUGAGGUCCAGCACCGAGGGCCUUCUGGCGGUUCCCUCGCUGUGAGAAGCCAAGUUACAGGGAACCAGGCAGAGGGCCUUCUCAGUAGUGGCACCCGCUCUGUGGAACGCCCUCCCACCAGAUGUUAAAGAGAACAACUACUACCAAACUUUUAGAAGACAUCUGAAGGCAGCCCUGUUUAGGGGAGGCUUUUAAUGUUUAAUAGGUUAUUGUAUUUCAGUGUUUUGUUGGAAGCCGCCCAGAGUGGCUGGGGAAAUCCAGCCAGAUGGGCGGGGUAUAAAUAAUAAAUUAUUAUUAUUAAUAUUAUUAUUAUUAUUAUUAUGUGGAAUAAGUUUCCUUUAUUUUGUUGCUGUUUACAUCUCCAACACAUUUUGUUUACAUCUCCAACACAUGUUGCUGUUAUUUUCAUCCAAAUUAGCAAAAAUAAAUAAAAAUAACAGCAAUAUGUGUUGGAGAUGUAAACAAAACGAAGGAACCUUAUUCCACAUCUGGUGGACAUGUCCCAUUUUUGAAACAUGAUCUAUGAGGAAUUAAAAAGAAUGCUAAAACACACAUUUUUAAAGAAACCUGAAGCUUUCCUACUAGGCAUUCUAACGUUUAGCAUCCCAAAUGAAAAUAAAAGAGUGUUUCUUUAUGCGACAACAGCAGCCAGAAUGCUAAUAGCAAAAUACAGUGGUACCUGAGGUUACAUACGCUUCAGGUUACAUACUCCGCCAACCCAGAAAUAGAGCUUCAGGUUAAGAACUUUGCUUCAGGUUGAGAACAGAAACCGUGCUCUGGCGGUCCGGCAGCAGCAGGAGGCCCCAUUAGCUAAAGUGGUGCUUCAGGUUAAGAACAGUUUCAGGUUAAGUACGGACCUCCGGAACAAAUUAAGUACUUAACCAGAGGUACCACUGUACUGGAGCAAUGAGUUAAUACCAACAAAAGACGAGUGGCAAUUAAAAUUACGCGAGUACCUCAAACUAGCCAAAAUGACAGAAUUAAUAAGAGAUCAUUCAGGUGACAAGGUAAAAAAGGAAUGGGAUUGCUUUAAAAACUACCUGAUAAAAUAUGGUUCCAAAAACAAUAUUUGGUUGUGCUUAGAUUAAUUUCACAGGAAAAACCGAUUUUAAUACACAAAUACAGAAUAUUUGUCACUUAAGAGAAGUAUUGAAGCCGCAACGAGAUAGAGGGAAGUCAACUAACAGCAGGGAUUCAAACUAGUUUUUUGGAAUAGAAAGAAAGUGACUGUAAAGAUAGAAUGAAAAGAAGGAUUAAAAAUGUAUUUCUUUCUGAGAACCUGUAGAACAGUCAAAUUAUCUUUUGAACAAUUUUGUUCUUGACUAAUUCUUUUUCAUUUUUUAUUAUUUAUCAAUUUUCUUUUCCCCUCCUUUUUUCUUUUUUCUUUUUAUUUUCUUUCUAUAUUUUUUCUUUUCUUUUCUUCUUUUGUAUUUUUUCUUUUUCUUUUUGGAUAUCUGGAUGUAAUACUUAAUUUAUGCUUUCUCUGUAUUUUUUAAAAAAUACAAUAAAGAUAAUAAUAAUAAUAAAUAAAAAAAACUUGAACGCAGAAUGUGGGAGGUGUAUGGGGAUGGUCUUUAACAGAAGGUGGGUUUCUACAGUUGGUGCUGACCUUUUCCCGAUUCCCCUGCCCCUCAGGAGCUGCUGGUAUACAUACGACGCCUUGAGGAGCGUCUGGAGAAAGUGGCUGACGAGAAAUGGAGUGAAUCUAUUCUCUGCGAUGAAGAGGAGGCAGCGCCAGAGACUCCUGGUCAGUCUCCCCGCCACCCUGCCUCGAUUUGCAUGCCCAAUUAUACGUACCAAUCCCCAUCUCCACUUGUGUCGUGGCAAAAAAAAAUGUAUUUCAUUUUCUUUUUACAACUUGAAAGCUCUUUAGAUCCUAGAAACCCAAACAUCUAUUAGCUCAGAAUUCCCAAGUGCCAAACCACCACUGCUCCCCCCCCAAAAAAAAAUCCCAAGGGCCCAACUAGGGGCCCCAGACACUAAGCUUUUCUCCUUAUUUUUUAAGUAAAUCUCUACCCCCUCUAGAAAUGAAGUGGGUACCCUUCUAAGCAGUUUCUAUGAAAUGAAUAAGGUUGGCUUCUCUCGCCUAUCGGUAUAUUUAGCCAAUAGCGAAGUCACAGCUAUGAUUGAUGAGUAAGUUGUUUGGCCACCAGCCAGUAGGAAUCUCUAGAGUCCUAAAGAGCUGGUGUCCCAUCCCCCCAAUUUAAUGCACUUUUGCUGCUUCUCUCUUAAUUUUAAGAAAGAAAUCCAACAAGUUAAGCCUUUUCUCAUAUGGAAGUACAAUUACGGAAAAGGCUUCUCUCUCUAAUUUUGUGUUAUGCAUUGCCCGCGGCAACCAUGUUGCAUUAUGCAACAGCUUCCCAUAGCAGCCAUUUUGUGCCUCCAACUGCUCAGAAUUCAAAAGGUGCCCCCUGGUCGAAAAAGGUUGGGUGACCCCUGCCCUAAAGCAGGCACCCCCAAACUUGGCCCUCCAGAUGUUUUGGGACUACAACUCCCAUCAUCCCUAGCUAACAGGACCAGUGGUCAGGGAUGAUGGGAUUUUAGUCCCAAAAUAUCUGGAGGGCCAAGUUUGGGGGUGCAUGCCCUAAAGGUUUUCCUGAGGGCCAGCAUCUAAUCUUUUGGCGUCUAAGCAACCCAGCACCUGAGAUUUUUCCACCUGUUCCUGAAGCGGCCUGGUCUAAUUUUGCAUCCUAAAAUAAAUUAUUCGAGAGAGAUGAAUUUGCUUCUGGAGCCACAACCUGGCAGCAAUUGCACCAUUGCUCUCUAGGGAAAUUACCGUAUUUUUCGCUCUGUAGGACGCACUUUUUCCCCUCAAAAAAUUAAGGGGAAAUGUGUGUACAUCCUAGGGAGCGAAUGCAGGCUCCUUGGCUUCAGCAAUAGCAACGCAAAGCCUCCGAAGCGCAGAGGGAGCGCUCCCUCCGCGCUCCGGAGGCUACGCGUUGCUUUCACUGAAGCCUGGAGAGUGAGAGGGGUCAGUGCGCACCGACCCCUCUCGCUCUCCAGGCUUCAGAGAUGGCCGCCUGAAGCCUCCGGAGCACAGCAGGAACUCACGCUGCACUCCGAAGGCUUCGGGUUCCUUUUGCUGAAGCCGGGAGAGCAAGACUCUCCUGGCUUCAGCAGAGAGGGAGAGCUGCGCAGCGCCCCUUCAGCCAUGCGGGAGGAGAAAUGGAAGGGGCUCCGUUUCUCCUGCCACUUCGCUGAAGGGGCGCUGAGCAGAGAGGGGAAGAAUAUUUUUUUUCUUGUUCUCCCCCUCUAAAACAAGGUGCGUCCUAUGGUCGGGUGCGUCCUAUAGAGCAAAAAAUACGGUAACUCUCUCUCGCACACACACACACUUUCACCCUUGACUGUGUGUUUUUGUUCUCCCGUCCCUUCUCCUACACACCUCCCAGGCUCCCUGGACUCGCCGCUGUCCGACUCUGAGGAUGAGUGUCCCGAGGACAUGCGCCUGCCUGCGCAGCUCGGGUCCUACAGUUUGUGUGACAACCGGGCAGCUACUACCACUCCGCCUUGUGCCCGGGGACCCGCUCACACCGUGGUGAUCAGCCAGCCGGCACCCAUUGCCAAUCAGAUCAAGCAGCCACCCGAGGAUUCCAGUUCUGACUCGGUGAGGCCCUGGGAGGCAGAGAAGGGUGCAAGUCAUGGAUCUGGCCAGACUUUUAUGAACCUAAGAAGUGAAGAAUUUCCUUGCUGGUUGCGGCCAAAACUGCAUCUAGCUAGUGUGUUGCGUUAAUCAGUGGCCAGUCAGGGGCUCCUGGGAAGCUCUCAAGCAGGGCGUGUUAGAGAAUGCAGACGUUCCCAAUUUAGCUAGCGCAAGUGGAACCUGAAAUAAACUGUUUCAGUGCAGGCUGCUCUUGUUCACUGCCAGCCAGCAAGCCAUGCCCUUCGCCACAGCACUCCAUUCCAUCCCUCCCCCCACUUACUUUUCCUCCUCACUAGGGCUGGGCGGUAUAUAUCGAUACAGUGGUACCUUGGUUUGCAACCGUUUUGGAUUACAACCACCUCAAACCCUGAAGUGCGUGUCCCUUUCUUUGGAUUACAACCCAUUUUUUGGGGAUUACAACCCUUUUUUUUUCUGAGGCCCCAUUGGCGAAAGCGCGCCUUGGGUUACAAUCUGUUUUGGUUUACAACCAGACCUCCAGAACAGAUUAUGGUUGUAAACCAAGGUAUCACUGUAUAUCAUCCAAAACCAGUUUGAAGUCCAUAUUGUGAUGAUCAGUUUCAUAAUUUUUGACGUGACAUUAUAUCCCGAAUCAUGAUGCGUGUUAGGGCUGGGCAGUAUAUCAUCAUAAAUGGAUUUGAAGUCCAUAUCGUGGUAUCAGUUUCAUAAUUAUUGGCCUGGCAAUAUAUUGUGAAUCAUGAUACAUGUGUGUGCUACGCAAAAAUUGUGAUGCAGGAGAAACUGUGAAGCCAGCCAAUGCCUCUACCUAGCACCAUCCUUAUUUUGGACAUUCUGGUAUAUUGGUAUAUCGCGAUGCUUAGCUAGUGAUAUGUCGUGAUGUUGCAAACCAGAUAUCACCCAACCCUAACCCCCACCCCCCACCCCAAUAGUCAGUCACCACUCUUUAGCCACUGAGCAUGCUCAUUCCUCAGUGGUCUGUUUUAUGGGAGGUGGGCAAAGGGGUAUUUAACCUCCCUAGUUUUUCUAUUUUCCAAGUAUAUAUUUAUAAGGCUGCAAACCUCAGGGUUCCCCACCUUGCCCACGGCCCAGCCUGCUUAUAUACCUCCCUUUUAUGUGCGGCUAGCGGGUGGCGCUGUGGUCUAAACCACUGAGCCUUGGGCUUGCCAAUCGGAAGGUUGGUGGUUCGAAUCCCCGCGACGGGGUGAGCUCCUGUUGUUCGGUCCCACCUCCUGUUCGAAAGCAUGCCAGUGCAAGUAGAUAAAUAGGUACCUCUCCGGUGGGAAGGUAAACGGUUUUUCCGUGCGCUGCUCUGGUUUGCCAGAAGCGUCUUAGUCAUUCUGGCCACAUGACCCAGAAGAUGUACGCCGGCUCCCUCGGCCAAUAAAGCGAGUUGAGCGCCGCAACCCCUGAGUUGGCCACGACUGGACCUAACGGUCAGGGGUCCCUUUACCUUUAGUGGCUUCUCAUUUGCUCACGUACGCAAGAGAGAACCCAGGACAGCUUCCCCUGCCAACCUAGGCAUGCCAUCAUCUGUUUCCCCUAAGUGAUAGUCAAAGGAAGUUGGGGGCUGAGCUGCGUGGGGUUGGCAGAAGCCAGGCCUGCUUGUACCGCUUCUUACUUUUUCAUUCUGUAUUUAGGAGGCUGAGGAUGAGAAGGCAGUGCUGAUGGCAGCUGCCCAGAGCGGUGGCGAAGAAACCAACCUGCUCCUUCCAGAGCUGGGCAGCGGCUUCUAUGAAGUGGCCAGGUAACGGCAGCUAGGAUGCUCCCGAGUCUAUUUUGACUACAGUUCCCCCUUUUCAGAGAGAGGGCUGUACACCAGUGGUGGGGGACCUGUGGCUUUGCAGAUGCUAUGGAGCUCCAGUUCAGGGAUGUUGGGAGAUGUAAUCUUAACAACAUCUGGAGGUCCACAGGUUUCCCAGACCUGCUUGUACAGGCUCUUAGUGAGUUAGCACCUUGAGAUAGAGUGUGUGCAUGCACAUGUCUUAAAAUGGGACUGUGCCUAACGUGACAGCCCCAUCAGCAUCUCCAGGAGUUAUGCACCUUGUCUGCUAUCGCAGCAAGCUACAAGACUCUUUACUCUACCCUGGGUUUGCAUGGUGUAGUCCAAGGUUUCCCAAACUUGUGCCUCCAGCUGUUUUCGGACUACAACACCCAUCAUCCCUAGCUAGCAGGACUAGCGGUUAGGGAUGGUGGGAACUGUAGUCCAAAAACCGCUGGAGGCCUAAGUUUGCAAAACCCUAGUGUGGCCCCAUGCCAAAGUAACCACCGCCACUCCGAACCCAGCCAGGAUUUUGCCAGAUUUCCAGUUCCAUGACGUAGCACUUCACCAGCUCUUUUUGCACUGUUUCCUCUUUCUCCCUCCCUCUGUUUGCAGGGGCCUGACAGGGCGGCAGAUGUCAGAGCCGGGGGCUUGCGGAAUGGGGGUCUCUCCCUUAGACCUGCCCUCACCGGCCCAUUGGAAGGAGUGCCCCAUCUGCCACGAGCGCUUCCCGCCCGAGAGCGACAAGGAAACGUUGGAUACACAUGUUGACGGGCACUUCUUUUUCAGCACCCAUGACCCCUUCACCUUUGAGUAACGGUUUCUCCCCCCCCAAAACCCCCUUCCUCCCAACCACCACCAUGCCCCUUCUGUUUUCCCCUCUCUCUUCCAUGGGAUCCAGGCUGGGGAUAUAUGUCCUUCCUUCUCCCUUGAUAGUGAGAUUGCUAUGAGGAAUGCUUCGCCCCAGGAAGGGUAGCUUCAGCUGCUAGGUGACUCUUCUCUAUGGUCAGAGUCAACUUGCAUUAGGAGCAGCAAAGUUAGUUAUGUACACACACACACACACAUAUACUUCUAUAUGUGCACACAUUCAGCCAAGCUAAGCGUCAGUGACUGAGAGCUCAGAAGUUAAGAGUGUGUCUUCAUGGCACCCAGGGUAGGCACAUGUGUGCAGAGGGGGCAGAACGCGCCAGCCUCGCUGCCAAUGCAACGCCAGCCUCAAUGAUUCCAGCCUUGCAGAGCAGCUCAGGGAGAGUGGCAUGAGAAAGACACAACAGCCUUGCACCUCUUGAUCCCAGGCUCACCCUCGCUUUGCAAGGCUGGGACCGAAGGGCGCAUGGUUGCUGUGUCCUUCUCAUGCUGCCCUGCCGAUGCGGGCUGGAGGGGCAGCGUGAGGAGGGCCCAGCAGGGCAGGCAGGCGCCCUUUGGUGCAUGCCCGUUGUGCCCUCCUGACGCCCUGCCAACCCUCUGCUGUUUUGUGAGGCUGGGAUAUGGGAUCAGACCUGCAAAGCAGCACGGGGCUGGCAGGGGCGGGGUGAGGAGCAAAUGGUGCCCUCGGAAAAACUGCACCCCUUGCCCCCCCCACACACACUACACCUCAUGAGACCCUGUUUACUCACAGCCAGUUAUCCUGCAAUGGCAAGCAAGUUUGAAAAAGGGGCCGUCAAUCCUUGGCAAACUCAGAGGCCUCUUGACUCUCCUCAUCUUGCUCAUCCUAGCAAAACAAUAACAAAGGGGUAGUUGACAUGGCAUUGUCCAUUGGACUCCAACUCCCAUCAGCCCCAGCCAGCCUGGCCAGUGAUGAGGGGUGAUGGGAAUUACAGUAUCAGCGAUAGCUGGAAGGCACCGCAUUGGCUGCCCCCACCCAAAACAGGCCUUGCGAACGGUUGUCACCUUUUGGUGGGCCGAGCUCUCCGUUCAGCGGAGGGUCACUGCAACCUCAGCGAAAGGGUGUCCUGUGAUUCUUUGUUCGUGCAACAUGGGUUGCUUGUUCUUUUAACCACAGAACACUCUUAAAAUGGUAAGCACAGCCUCAUAGUGUUGGGCAGUUCACACAUGAAUCGCCCGUUCCCGGAGGUGGUGCUAUCAUCCUCACAUCCUUUUGCAGUUGUAGCCUGGGGACAGAAGAGUCACUGGGACACGUGGCAUUUCAAUAUUCCACUCUGAACACCAGAAUGCCAAAAGUUCACACAAUCAUGCAUGGUGACACACGCACACAGGUGGGUUUCUCACUCAAAGUUGGCCCUGGUAGCGUAGGAAGCAACACGGGUCAAGUUGUUCAGGAAAGCCCAAAACACAUUUUAAGAAUUAUUGAACUGCUAAGCCCCCCGGGCGCCAUGACUGCGAACCCUACACUGAUAAGCUUAGAACCGGCUUUGGCCAUGAGUUUGACGCAUACUGUAGACAUGGUGGUAAAGGGAUUCAUAGCACACAAAACAUGCACCCGUCUUAAGACCCUUGAUGGGGUCUGGAUCUGUGCCAUCCUUCCCGCACACUUGAGAUCUCAGCCAGAGGCCCUCUUGGGGAAUCCACACCCUAGGUCUGUGAGCUGUGUCCCCCCCUCCCCCCCGGGAAGGGAGUCUCCUCUGUAGCAGUUUCAUGCCUUUGGAACUCCCUCCCACUAGAACUGUGGCAUGCCGCAGGGUUCUCAGAAAGCCUUUGAACCUGUUUUGCAUUGACCAGCCUUCCCCGAGUAACGUUGCCCCUUUUGUUGGAUCGAAGCUGGAAUGUUACGGAGGUUUUGAGUGUGCUUUAUCUUUUUUGUUUUGUUUUUGUAACACUGGUUAUAUAUAAAUAUAUAUAGUUGCAGUUAUUUUCUUUAUUGUUCUAAGUCGCAGUAGACGUGGUUAACAUAAGAUAAUUUUUAAAUAAAUAAAGAGGGAGAGGGAAGGAUAUAUCUUCGCAAGGAGAGGGGCUUUGGGGUGAAGCAAAUGAGCAGGAACCCCCACACACACACUGAAUAGCAGCAUCCCAGGCUACAGGUUGAAUGAUUUGAGCGCUCUCCUCCCAUAGAAUGCCCCAUACGUGCACAACAUUUACAUGUCAGGAAUAUAGGAAGCCGUCUUAAACAGAGUCUGCCCAUUGGUCCACCUAGUUCAGUACUGGCUGCACUGAUUGGCCGCAGCUCCUCUGGGUUUCAGGCAGGGUUUCCCCCGAGGGAUUGAACCUGGGAUUUUAUGAAUGCAAAGCAAGAUGUCCUCCCACUCGGCUGUAGCCCUUCCCAAAAGUAGCUGGACCCAACUCCACAACACGCCCCUCCCCGCCGAGGUCGUAGGAAGCUGCCUUAUAUUGAGUUGUCAGACAAUUGGUCCAUCUCACUCAGAAAUGUCUACUCUGACUGGCAGGUUUCAGACGGCAUCUCUCUCUCCCCCCUCACCCCCUUCUUAGAGAUGUCUAGGACCAUGGGUAGGCAAACUAAGGCCCGGGGGCCGCAUCCGGCCCAAUCACCUUCUAAAUCCGGCCCACGGACGGUCCAGGAAUCAGCAUGUAUUUAUAUGAGUAGGAUGUGUCCUUUUAUUUAAAAUGCAUCUCUGAGUUAUUUGUGGGGCAUAGGAAUUCGUUCAUUUCCCCCCAAAAAAAUAUAGUCCGGCCCCCCACAAGGUCUGAGGGACAGUGCUGAAAAAGUUUGCUGACCCCUGCCUAGGACUGAACCUUCUACAUAAAGAGUGGGUGGUCCACGGCUGAUUUAAAACUAGUGUUUCCCUAGCAAGGAUGGAAUUUCCCUGGUCAGAGUAUAUAUUCCCCACUUUUCCCUGCAGUCUGAAAAGUGCCAGAACCAGCCACAGAUGCCUAGUGAGGCUUCUGUUCACCUAACUUUUAAUUCUUGAGUGUGCGUGAGCAGAAAGCAAACAGAUGGAUGCAAAUGAACGAAUGUGUGUAUUUAUCGUUCUAGCUAUAGCCCAUAUUCCAGCAAUACCCAAAAGAUUUUAUUGCUUGCAUUUAUAUGGUAUAUGGCAUUGUUUGUGUGUGUGUGUGUGUGUGUGUGUGUGUGUGUGUGUGUGUGUUGUUUUGUUUUAAAUAACAACUAAAGCAACCAGGGUAGUAGACACAUAAAUUAGAAUAAAGCAGAGAAAGACUUCUAAUAAAAACCUUCUGUAUGCCUCAACACCGCCAGGGAAAGAAAUUAUAUAAAUUCCAGGCAGUUCCCCUCCCACUUUAAACAUGAUCAAUAUAUUUCCUAAAUGUAGCUGCUGCCUUUGCAUAAGUAGCUAAACACUAAGGUUAUUUAUUCCAUGAUAAUUCAAGCUCAGAAAAUAGUCCAGCAAUAUUAUUUAAACUUUUGGGGGGAAACAGGAGCGCUAGAGUGAUGCGAGGUAAAAGCCAUUCCUUUCUUAGCAAGGAAUAAAAAGUAGAGAAGUUCACCCAUAAGGGGCAUUUUUAAAUUAAAGAUGAAUCCACAUACUGUUGAUCAGGGUGGUGGUCUGCAUCCCCCUGCCCCAAAAUAAAUUGGUCAAAUUAUGCACAUUUGCACAAGCAGUGAAGUAAUUCUGCAUCCACAAUAAAGAACAGCAAAUCUUUGGAUUUCAGAAGCAAAGGCCGGAUUGGGCUACUGCAGGAAAGACAGUGCAGCAACUAAUUUAUUGCAGGGUGCAAUAAUAAGAGCUGAAAACAUGGGCAGCAUUUGGGGGUUGCUUUAAAAAAGCAAUUAAGGAAGCUGCAUUUUGUAGGGUGCAGAAUUAGAGACUAGGCAUCUUAGUCCUGAUUAUCAGGCUUGUGUGUCCUACUCAGCCCAUACCCCCACAUUCUUCCCCCCAAAAAGUAAAUUAGGCAAAGUAUGAAUAUUUUUGCACCAUUGGCACAAAUUCUCCUUCCAAAAUAAAGGAUAGCAAAUGGGGUUAAAUUUCAGAAAAGAAGCAAGAAAAGGUGACUACGGGAGAGAGAGAGGCCAGUAGUACCUUAAAUGAUAGGCUGAUUUAUUGAAGCAUGCGUUUUAAUAGGGAAGAGCCCACAUCAUCAGAAACAGUACCAAACCACUGUAGGAUCUUUUCAAGAGAAUGAGAAGGGCAGAGAAGAGCAUGGAGACUGAUGCCGCAGCAGAGGGAUGUUAUUCAAGAGUAGCCACAGAGGAAAGUUGUGGAGGGAGGAUGCCAAAGACAUACCUGGGAAGCCAGAAUCACAUUCAUCAGCCUAUCUUUGCCAUCCUAAAUGUAUGAAACGAGGAGAGCUUUUGGGUUUUUCUGAGCUGGGAACCACUGAUGUGCAGAAUACACACAGAAUGGCUGUGAUGAUCCCCAUUUUAACAUGGAGGAAACCCAGUUUCUUUUUUUAAAAAACCACGUUUGGCAUGUUUGGGCUAUUGUGCAGCAGGAAGAUAGUGAGAGAGUGUGUGUGUGUGUGUGUGUGUGUGUGUGUGUGUUUGUGUGUGUGUUUGCUUGCUUGCCAGUACACAUAGCUUUGGGAUGCUGGUGGCGCUGUGGGUUAAACCACAGAGCUCUGGUUCGCCAGAAGCGGCUUAGUCAUGCUGGCCACAUGACCCGGAAGCUGUACGCUGGCUCCCUCGGCCAAUAAAGUGAGAUGACCACCACAACCCCAGAGUCGGUCACGACUGGACCUUAUGGUCAGGGGUCCCUUUACCUUUACCUUACACACAGGUUUGACAUGGGCAGGACAUGUGGGAUUUCUUUUAUGCCCAACUUCCACAAAAGAGGCAUCUCCACUACGGUCACAGUUAGGUGUGUUAUUGGUGCCAUGGGGAGCAGCCCGGAACAAAGGUUGACCCUGACAUAUCAUAUCUGGUUGAGAAGUUAUUCCCUAAGAUCUUCCUGCCUCCGUUGAAACAGGAGCAAAACCCACAUCUAGCUGCAGUGAUAGUCAAAGCUAGGAAUAGUAGUCUGCCCCCCAACUAGACGACCUUGUUGUCUCCCAGCCUGGUUCCCAUUGUUGGGCAGUUGUCUGACAGCCAAUCUACAUGUGUGGCCGGCCUGUACCAUUUAAACUGCAGGAGGGGAAUUACACCUUUGAACUCCCUGCUCACUGAAAGCUAGCAUGGCAGGGAGAACGGUUCAGUUGGAGCCUUCCUCGCUUUCUGCUAGUUUCUAUAGUUUUUUGGGGGGAGAGCAUUUUGAACACUUCAGACUGCUGAAGUGAUAUCUUAAAGCAGUGUUUCCCAGACUUGGUUCUCUGGCUGUUUUUGGACUACAGUUCCCAUCGUCCCUUACCGCUGGUCCUGCUAGCUAGAGGUGAUGGGAGUUGUAGUCCACAAACAGCUGGAGGCACAAGUUUGGGAAACAGUGCCUUAUGGAGAAAGCCGCACACUCCGAUUCUGCUGGAUGUUUCAACGGGCUCUGAGACCAGUUUGGAGGCCAGGGUCCCUGAUGGCUCAUCACAUGGUGAUUGAUGAUAGCAGAUUUCACCUUGGAAUUGUACUCUGUGAGAACUGCCAGAAGCAGAGAAAGGAUGAAUGAAGAGGUGACCCUCAUCCCCUAGUCAUAGUUCCUUAAGUAGACUUGGUUCCCUUCCCCUUUUUCCUUCCUGUUUUGUUGUUUUUAAGAAGCCCUUUCUCAAUGGUGCCCUGCCACUGCCUCUCCAAACUACCUACUGGCUGCUGCUACUGCAUGCAUCUCCCUUCCAGUACAUUUGCACCCCUUGCUGGGGUCCCAUUGUGUUUGGUUUAUUAGUUUCCCUCCCUUUUGAUCCCUCCCCAUCUCAUCCCUGUACAUAUACCCUCUGGCUCCCCCCUGUUAGUUGAGCUUUGCACUGGCUUUCUGCUAAUUUUUGGUUGCAAAUCCUUCAUUUUAUUCUGCCUGUUCUUCCUGGCGUCUGUGCCAGGCCCUGAGACGAAGGAUGCAAGGCUUGUAUGCAGCUGGAGAGAAAGGUCGCAUCCGUGCCACUCAUUUAAAGCACUCAUAUGCCACCUCCUCCCCCCUCCAAAAAAAUAGAAUGCUGGGAACUGUAGUUAAGAGUGCUGACCUCACAGAACUACAAUUCCCAGAAUCCUUAAACUACAGAUCCCAGGAUUCCCCAUUAAAGUGGUGUAGGAGGGCUUUAAAUGCAUGGUGUGGAAGGGACCAGAGAUGGCGACUCUCUAGCGACUGUGCCUUUUGGGGAGGCUGUGACGCCUCUGUUCGCUUGCGUGGGAACCUUUUGAUUGUGUGACGCAUUUGUGGCUGUGAGCUCUUCUCACCUGCUUUUUUCCCACCCAGUGGUUUGUUUGUUUUUUACUGAAUAUAAUAGUCAAUGGCGAAAAGUUCAAAGCAAUAACCCUCUUUCCCCUCCCCUCCCUCAACAUCUUGACAUACCCCCAAGUCUAUGUAUAGGGUGUACAUAUAUAUAUUUAUAUUUAUAUUUAUAUGACAUGUUGCAGCUAUUCUAAUAAAAUGCGGCCUCUCUGCAAAAACCUGCC